CACGCGGCGCUCUGGCCCACACAGACGCUACUCUGUGGCAUCUCGGGUUCCCUCUGGCUGCGCUCUGGAGGACUACACUCGUUUUCUAUUUGGUUGUGAGGGCCAGGCAGCUUCGGCUGAGCUGGAAGAAAGAUGGCGGCAGCCGUGCGACAGGAUUUGGCCCAGCUCAUGAAUUCGAGCGGCUCUCAUAAAGAUCUGGCGGGCAAGUAUCGUCAGAUCCUGGAAAAAGCCAUUCAGUUAUCUGGGGCAGAACAACUAGAAGCUUUGAAAGCUUUUGUGGAAGCAAUGGUAAAUGAGAACGUCAGCCUCGUGAUCUCUCGGCAGUUGCUGACUGAUUUCUGCACACAUCUCCCUAACUUGCCUGAUAGCACAGCCAAAGAAAUCUAUCAUUUCACCUUGGAAAAGAUCCAGCCUAGAGUCAUUUCAUUUGAGGAGCAGGUUGCUUCCAUAAGACAGCAUCUUGCAUCCAUAUAUGAGAAAGAAGAAGAUUGGAGAAAUGCAGCCCAAGUGUUGGUGGGAAUUCCUUUGGAAACAGGACAAAAACAGUACAAUGUGGAUUAUAAACUGGAGACAUACCUGAAGAUUGCUAGGCUAUAUCUAGAGGAUGAUGAUCCAGUGCAGGCAGAGGCUUACAUAAAUCGAGCUUCAUUACUUCAGAAUGAAUCAACCAAUGAACAGUUACAAAUACAUUAUAAGGUAUGCUAUGCACGUGUUCUUGAUUAUAGAAGAAAAUUCAUUGAAGCUGCACAAAGGUACAAUGAGCUCUCUUACAAGACAAUAGUGCACGAAAGUGAAAGACUAGAGGCCUUAAAACAUGCUUUGCACUGUACCAUCUUAGCAUCAGCAGGACAACAGCGUUCUCGCAUGCUAGCUACUCUUUUUAAGGAUGAAAGGUGCCAGCAACUUGCUGCUUAUGGGAUCCUAGAGAAAAUGUACCUGGAUAGGAUCAUCAGAGGAAAUCAACUUCAAGAAUUUGCUGCCAUGCUGAUGCCUCACCAAAAAGCAACUACAGCUGAUGGUUCUAGUAUCUUGGACAGAGCUGUUAUUGAACACAAUUUGUUGUCUGCAAGCAAAUUAUAUAAUAAUAUUACCUUUGAAGAACUUGGAGCUCUUUUAGAGAUCCCUGCAGCUAAGGCAGAAAAGAUAGCAUCGCAAAUGAUAACUGAAGGACGUAUGAAUGGAUUUAUUGAUCAGAUUGAUGGAAUAGUUCAUUUUGAAACACGAGAAGCCCUGCCGACAUGGGACAAACAGAUCCAAUCCCUUUGUUUCCAAGUGAAUAACCUUUUGGAGAAAAUUAGUCAGACGGCACCAGAAUGGACAGCACAAGCCAUGGAAGCCCAGAUGGCUCAGUGACUCCUUGAAGAACUUCUGUGCACACUACAUCUUUUCCCAUGUUGUACAGAUUAAUUUCACUGUCUCCAAAGCGUUUGCAUCAUGACCUUAUAUAUUUCAAUCCCUUUUAUGCUGGAUUCCAUUUAAAGAAGACAUUCUUAGAGCAGGAAGUACAAGCAUUUAAAAACAUGUAGUUCCCAUAUAUUCAGGGUCUCUGUAUCAAGCUAACUCAGAAGUUUUGAAAGCUUUUUCUUUAAACAGAGUAAGUGAAAUAUCUGUUGCUAAGAAGUUUGGGAUUUGUGAUAACUUUGUAGUCAUGUAAAACUUAAGUGCUUUGUGCCUCUCCAGGUGUGGUUAUUCUAAUAAAUGGAGAAGUGAGCCAAAUAAAAGUAGUACUUUGUUUUUAA